CGGGGAAACCGAAAGUGGGCGGCGGCCGCGGCUGUGGGCCUGGCGGAGACGGCGGCGGGAGCUGGGCCCAGAGGCGCGGGGACGGGCCGUGGGCCCCCGGGACGAGUAAAAGGACAGCCAGUUACCAGAAGUAUAUGCCCUGAGGAGAUACUAAAAAUUGAGUGGCUGCCCAAGAAGGUGAAGAUGCUGGAAGCAGAUCUGGUUUCAAAAAUGCUACGAGCUGUUCUGCAGUCUCAUAAGAACGGAAUAGUAUUACCCCGCCUCCAAGGAGAGUACAGAUCCUUGACUGGAGACUGGAUUCCCUUUAAGCAGUUAGGUUACCCAACACUAGAAGCCUAUUUGAGAAGUGUGCCAGCAGUUGUGAGGAUAGAGACUAGUAGAUCUGGAGAGAUUACCUGCUAUGCCAUGGCCUGCACAGAAACUGCAAGAAUUGCUCAGCUUGUGGCUCGUCAGAGGAGUUCUAAAAGGAAAACUGGGCGGCAAGUUAAUUGUCAGAUGAGAGUGAAGAAAACUAUGCCAUUUUUUCUAGAAGGAAAACCAAAAGCAACCCUCAGACAACCAGGAUUUUCUUCAGAUUUUUCUAUCAGCAAAAAACCUAAUCCAACACUGCUAAGAGACAGAGGAAACUCUCUUGGAGUUAAGUCAGAUGCUGAAACGCCGCCUUACACGUUACACACAACUGCUGGAAGUGAAGUAUUCAAAGACGUUCCAGUGCAGAGACAUGUGACCAUGUCUACCAGCAACAGGUUUAGCCCAAAGGCGUCCCUCCCACCACCUUUUCAGAUGCAUCUCUCAAGAACCUGUGCUAAGGAAAUAAAUGAUAAUUUAAAUCAGACUGUUGAAAAACCAAAUGUCACGCCUCCUGCCUCUUACACUUAUAAAAUGGAUGAGGUUCAAAACCGCAUAAAGGAAAUACUAAACAAGCAUAACAAUGGCAUUUGGAUAUCUAAGCUUCCACAUUUUUACAAAGAGUUAUAUAAAGAAGAACUUAAUCAAGGAAUUUUACAACAAUUUGAACACUGGCCUCAUAUUUGCACGGUGGAAAAACCUUGCAGUGGUGGUCAAGAUUUACUUCUUUAUCCAGCUAAGAGAAAGCAGCUUUUGAGAAGUGAACUGGAUGGUGAAAAAGUGCCUCCAUCCCCACUACCUGCUCCAAAACAAAUACCACCAUUAAAAGGGUGUCCAGCAGUUAUGCCAGGAGACUUUAAAGAGAAAGUUGCGGAGCUUCUGGUGAAAUAUUCAAGUGGUCUUUGGGCCAGCGCACUCCCCAAAGCAUUUGAGGACAUGUACAAAAUGAAAUUCCCUGAGGAUGCCUUAAAAAAUCUUGCCUCGCUUUCUGAUGUAUGCACCAUAGACUACAUUUCUGGAAAUCCCCAGAAGGCCAUUCUCUAUGCUAAACUUCCAUUGCCCACUGACAAAAUCCCAAAGGAUGCAGGGCAAUCACAUGGCGAUUAUGAUAUCAAGUCUAUGGUCGAACAAGAAUAUUUGCAGAUAGAAGAAAACAUUGCCAAAAGUGCUGAUACCUUUGUGGAGAAUACAACAGUUCCUCCGUUAAUCAUUCCGACUGAGGCAUCCCCAUCUGUAUUGGUGGUUGAACUGAGCAACACAAAUGAAGUGGUUAUCAGGUAUGUGGGCAAAGACUAUUCUGCUGCUCAGGAAUUAAUGGAAGAUGAGAUGAAGGAGUAUUACAGUAAGAACCCCAAGAUCACACCAGUCCAGACUGUGCAUGUUGGGCAGUUACUGGCUGUAAAUGCUGAGGAGGAUGCUUGGUUACGGGCACAGAUCAUCUCGAUGGAUGAAAACAAAAUAAAGGUAUGCUAUGUUGACUAUGGUUUUAGUGAAAAUAUUGAAAAGAGCAAAGCAUACAAAUUGAACCCAAAGUUCUGUUCACUCUCAUUCCAAGCUACAAAGUGUAAGCUAGCAGGGUUGGAGGUUUUAAGUGAUGAUCCUGAUUUAGUGAAGGUGGUUGAAUCUUUAACUUGUGGAAAGAUCUUUGCUGUGGAAAUACUUGACAAAGCAGAUAUUCCGCUUGUUGUUCUGUACGACACCUCGGGAGAAGAUGACGUCAAUAUUAAUGCCACCUGCUUAAAGGCCAUCUGCGACAAGUCUCUAGAGGUUCACCUUCAGAUUGAUGCUAUGUACACGAAUGUCAGAGUGACUAAUAUUUGCUCUGAUGGCACACUCUACUGCCAGGUGCCUUGUAAAGGUCUGAACAAGCUCAACGACCUUCUGCAUAAGAUAGAGGACUACUUCCAUUGUAAGCACAUGACCUCCGAGUACUUCGUUUCAUUACCCUUCUGUGGGAAAGUCUGCCUCUUCCACUGCAAAGGAAAAUGGUUACGAGUAGAGAUCACAAACGUUCAUAGCAGUCGAGCUCUUGAUGUUCAAUUCCUGGAUUCUGGUACUGUGACAUCCGUAAAAGUGUCUGAACUCAGGGAAAUUCCCCCUCGGUUUCUACAAGAAAUAAUUGUGAUACCACCUCAGGCUAUAAAGUGCUGCUUAGCAGAUCUUCCACAGUCUAUUGGCAUGUGGACACCAGAUGCUGUGCUUUGGUUAAGAGAUUCUGUUUUGAAUUGCUCGGACUGUAGCAUUAAGGUUACAAAAGUGGACGAAACCAGAGGGAUCUCACACAUUUAUUUAUUCACCCCUAAGAACUUCCCUGAUCCUCACCACAGUAUUAAUCGCCAGAUUACAAAUGCAGACUUGUGGAAGCAUCAGAAGGAUGUGUUUUUGAGUGCCAUAUCCAGUGGAGCUAGCUCUCCCCACAGCAAAGGCGGUGGCACCCCCAUUCCAGGCACCGCUGGAGAGAAUCUGAGAAAGAGCCUGACAGACGUCAUCAAGAAGUCCGUGGUGGACCACACCGGCUCUUUCUCCACAGAGGAACUCCCCCCUCCCGUCCACUUGUCGAAGCCGGGGGAGCACAUGGAUGUGUACGUGCCUGUGGCCUGUCACCCGGGCUACUUCGUCAUCCAGCCAUGGCAAGAGAUACAUAAGCUGGAAGUUCUGAUGGAAGAGAUGAUUCUGUAUUACAGUGUGUCUGAGGAGCGCCACGUAGCUGUGGAAAAAGACCAAGUGUAUGCUGCCAAAGUGGAAAACAAGUGGCACAGGGUGCUUUUAAAAGGAAUCCUGACCAAUGGAUUGGUGUCUGUGUAUGAGCUGGACUACGGCAAGCACGAGCUAGUCAACAUAAGAAAAGUACAGCCGUUAGUGGACAUGUUCAGAAAGCUGCCAUUCCAAGCAGUCACAGCUCAACUUGCAGGGGUCAAGUGCAACCAGUGGUCUGAGGAGGCUUCGAUGGUAUUUCGAAAUCAUGUGGAGAAGAAACCUCUGGUGGCACUGGUUCAGACAGUUAUAGAAAACGCCAACCCUUGGGACCGGAAAGUAGUGGUCUAUUUAGUGGACACAUCAUUGCCAGACACAGAUAUCUGGAUUCAUGAUUUUAUGUCAGAGUAUCUGGUAGAGCUUUCAAAAGUUAAUUAAUCACUGCUUCUGAGACCUUGACAACUAAUUCAGAUUUUUUUUAGCAAUAACAAAAUGUAGUAGGCUUUAAAAAAAGAAAUCUUAUCUCUGCUACAGGGCUCUGACUGCUGUGGGGAUUGAAAAGAAUAUGCUUCUGUUUGAUGAAAGAUAUUUAACAAGUUUUGUUUUAACAGAGUUGACUUUUCAAAGAAAAUUGCACUUGAAUUAUUACUAUAUUAGAAUAAAAUGUUUAUCAAUAUAAAAACUGACUACCUUAUAAUUUCUAGGCUUUAUGAUCGUAAGAUGAAGGAUUUCCCUUUCUAUUCAUGUCUUCUUUAUGGUACGGGUUCCUUUAUAGUUAGAUUGUGAGAAUUUAUGACUUAACCCUGGCGCAGUGGUCUAUCCCAAAGCCAAUUGUGUGAGGAUGAUCUUGAGUCUUUAGCACAUUAGCAUUGCUAGUGGUGCUGUAGAGAAGCAACCCAGAUGAACCUCAAAGCGUAUUCCUCACCCCAAGUCUUGAGUGGCAUAUCACUACCCAGAGUGUCUACACCUUCCACAGUCUCCCUACCCAGACUCAUUGUCCAUGGCUCCUCAACCAGCCACACUGCACCUGUCUGGCUCCCUGUACACCCAGGACUAUUGAUAUUCUUCAGCAAGCCUUGCUCCCCUCCUAACCAUGCUUAUUCUGUUCCCUGAGCCUGCCUAUCCUUCACCCCCCACCAUUUUUGUUUGCCAGUAUCCUCCGUGACAUCCCGGGCUGACCAUGAAGCCUUCCCUGGUACCCCUCCUACCCUGUUGCAUUUGGAGUACGCCUCUCUUUGUAUCAAGACCUCACUGAGCUUUGUAGUAUAUAACAAGUUGUCUGCGCACCUGUCUCCCCAGCUAGAUUGUGAGCUCCCUGAAGGAGGAAGGGGUCUUACUCAUCUCUUUGAUGACAUACUGGUAAAUGUUUGACAAUUGGUUCUGAUGGGUGUGGGCCGGGAAUGAGCCUUGAUUCACAGUAUCUGAUGAUUCCCGUGUUGUAAAUACUUCCACUGUUGUUGAGUUCCAGCUAACAAUGUGACAUCACUGAAUGUGGAGCUGGGAAAAGAUACCCCAGCAGCUCCUGUGAGCCCGUACAAUGGACUUCAGAACAUACCACUGUCUGCGUACUCCACAACAGACAGAAUGAUCUCUUGAACACAUCAGGCACCCAUUAUGUCCUUGCUAAUUGAUGGGCAGGACGGCUUGACAGAGGGAUAGGUGGAGGCCUUAUCAGUGGUCCAAAGAUGAUGGGGGAAGGCCCUGGACUAAGAGGGGAGCAAUGAGAAUCAAGAAAAAAAUUAAAGGCCUUUUGAAGGUUUUAAUUAGAAUUAUUAGAACUGACAUUUUAGAUCCAAAAGACAGGAAAAAGAAAGUGUCAAAAAGUGAAGCCAAGUCUUAAGGUCUGAGAGGCUAGGAUGAUGACGCUUAUUCCAUUUGGGAAACUGAAAUUUUUUGUUUUAAACAUACUGAGUUUAGAGGCCACUGGGUGACUCAGUCGGUUGAGCGCCCAACUUCAGUUCAGGUCAUGGUCUCGCCGUUCGUGAGUUCGAUCCCUGCAUCAGGCUCUGUGCUGACAGCUCAGAGCCUGGAGCCUGCUUCAGAUCCUGUGUCUCCUUCUCUCUGCCCCUCCCCUGCUCGCCCUCCGUGUGUCUCUCUCCCUCUCUGUCUCUCUCAAAAAUAAAUAAUAAACAUUAAAAAAAAAUUAAACAUACUGAGUUAAGGGACUAGAUCACUGUGUGAGGAUAUGCAUAACCUAUUAGAAAUGUGGAGUCUUCACAGGGGAGAAGGCCAGGCUGGAGAUAAACAUUCUUAAACUCAUUUGCUUAUUUUUAUUUGAGAAAAUAUAGGAAAAGUGAGAGCAAAAAGAAGGUAAAGACCAGAUAUUUGAAGUUUUUCAUGUAAAACAUGUUGAAAUUAUCUUUCUAGCUUUUUAAAAUUCGUAUUUAAUAAAAAAGUGAUUCAAAAUUGAGGAAUGCUUACACCACUGAUUUAAACAUUUAUGAUAAAAUCAGAAUAUCCUGACACAAACAUUUAAGUGAAACAAAGUAGUAUGAAUGUAUUUUAUAAUGGUUUCUUUUACCAACAAAAACAACAAAAAUCCUCAAAUUGCCUACAGAUUAAGAAGAGGUGGGUUCUGUUUCAAUGACUUUAGAAAGGCUUCCAUCAUUUUUUAAAAUAGAGCAAUUGUGUUGUUGAUGUAAGUGAAAAAUUAAUCUGGUGCUAGGGCAAUUUGACAAACAAUGAAGCUUGGCCCCUGCCUCAUACCAUAUUCAAAGUCAAUUCCAGGUGGAUUCAAAGCCUAAACGUGAGAGCCUAAUGAGGGAAGAUAACACAGGAAAGUACCCUGAUAAUCCAGGAGCAGGAAAGAUGUCCUAAACAGGACAAAGUGCUAACAAUAAAGGCAAAUAUUGAUAUACUAGACUAUGUUAAAAUGAAGAACACCGGUUUGUCAAAAGGCAUUAUUAUGAUGGUGUAAAGGCAAAGCACACAACGGAGGAAUAUUUGUAUUUGGAAUAUAUUCAAUAAACAGAAGACUAUCCAGAAACAAAAUGGCAAUAAAUUUGAACAUUUUACAAAGAGGAAAUCCAACUGGCCAAUCAACAUGAAAAGGCCCUCAACCCAUGGAAAUCAUAUUUCAGUGAGAUCCUAAUACUCCUACCAAAACUGGGAAAAUGUUUCAACUUUUGUUAAUUUCAAUUAUUGAAGAUGUUUGCACUUGUGCUGGAGGAUGCCAGUAAAGAAUGUUCACAGCAGCACUAUUGGCAAUAGUUAAAACCUAGAGACAGAUGUCCAUUAAUAGUAAAAUGGAUUUAAAAAAAAAAAAACUGUGCUGUAUUCAUGCAAUGGAAACCUCUAAGGUAAUAAAAGUAAACAAACUACAGCCACAUGAAACCACGCAGGUUAAUCUCACAGGGUGGAAUUGAGCAAAUGAAGACAAAGUGUGGAGGAAAGCAGGCAAGGAAGUGAUUACCCUAAGAGUAAUCUUAAACUUCCUUAAGCGAUCAUUUUAGGAGGAAGCUGGAACCCAGGACCCAGAGGGUUGGCUUCUGGGCUGCUGCUGGCAAUGUUGUUUCUUGCAACAAGUGUUCAAUGUGAUAAAAAUUUUUGAACCUGCACACUUAGGAUGUAUGUACUUUUCUUAAAUGUUUGAUUCCGCAACAAAAGGGUUUAAAAUAAAAAUAAUCUGAAAUAUUAAA